AUGCCUAAAGAUAUAAGAUCAUAUUUUGCAAAAACUGAYGGAAGCAAUGAUAAAAAAAAMUUAAAUAAUACAAUAUCAUCAAGUCAAAAAGGAAAAUCAUCAAAAAAACGGCAUGUACUAUCAAGUGAUGAUGAAGACGAUGUAGUUCCUCCUACACCAGUUGGUAAAUCGAAACAAAAAUUAUCUGAAAAACGAAAACUCAUUAGUCCAGCUGAUGUUUUUGGUUCAGAACCAGUUGUAGCUUCUAGAAGUGUUAAUAUACCUGUCACGCCUAAUUUAAAUGCCAACAUGUCGGGAUUUUUACCAAUUCACUGUGUUUUACAGUUACUUAAAAGCCAAGCUUUUACUAAACAUCGUGUUAACAUUAAAACAUGGAUAUACAACCAAAUUUGUGCAAGUGUUUCACCAUUACAUCCAUUAUUACCUUCAUUAAUUGAAGCUUAUGUUACUUCUAUAUUAGUGGUACCCAAUAAAGCUACUCAAGAAUUAGCUGUUAAUCAACCGAUUACAGAAGAAGAAAUUUUAAAAGUUUUUGGUAAUAAAGUAUUAGACCAAACUGAUAAUGAAUCUUUUACAGCYCAUCUUCUAUUGCUGUAUUAUUUACUCUUAUAYGAAGAAAAUAGUAUGUCUUUGGCUUCUCAGCCCAAUAGAUUACAGUUAGUUGGAUUAGUCAGGUACAAAACUGAAUUCUUGGCUGAYAUCCCUAUUCGAUAUAUAGUCCAACAAGCAGAAAAAGAGCAUCCAUAUUCUAGUUUGUUUUCUACUUUGUUAAGACUUUUGGCUACACAUUUUCCUCAUUUAUCUCUAGUCGAUGACUGGAUGGAAGAUACAACAUCAGAAAGUCAAUUUGUAUUACAACAUAAAGCUAAAAAUAUUACUACAGAACUGAUAGAAAAUGGUUUAAGUGUGAUGGUUGAACGUCCAGAACGAGCUGGAAUCGUAUUGAAAAGAUUGUAUGCAGAACGUCCUAUUAAAAUUUGGCCAUUUGCACCUACCAUAUUAAAAUUCUUACCAAACACAUUAGAUUCUAACGUUUCAAGAUAUAUUCAAGAACUAUAUAAAAAAGUGUGGUUAAGACUUAAUACAGUCUUGCCUCGCAGUUUGUGGGCACUUACUAUUAAGGCUUUACAACAUAACAAUGGAGCAAGUGCAUUGAAAGAAGAAAAUUUAAUUCAGGACCCUUUACAAGUUUUGCAAUGUGAUGCCAGAGUUUAUAGGUGUCCAACAGUUUUAAGUAUUGUAAUUAGAGUGUUGCAAUCAUCAUUAGCAGCUUCAAGAAGUCAUUUAUCUCGCCUAGUAAAUCAAAAAUUAUUUGUGACUGGACAACUAACUCAAACUAAUAAUCGUGAAGAAUAUAAAAAUGUGUUGACAGCUGCACAAGAUAGUGCUGCAGUACAACUUUUAUUAGAAGCUUGUUUGGAAACUGAAGAUGAUCGAAAAUCAUUUUCUAACAUGAUGACAUUAAGAGAAGUACGAGGUGUUGUUUGUUCAUUUUUACAUCAAAUGUUUAUUGCUGAUCCUCCACUCGCAAAAUUAGUUCAUUUCCAGGGAUAUCCUAGAGAAUUACUUCCAGUUACCUGUCUAGGAAUUCCUUCCAUGCACAUUUGUUUAGAUUUUAUUGCGGAACUUCUUAGUCAACCAGAUUUCCAGAAACAGAUAUUUUCGAUUGAUCUAAUUUCAAAUAUUUCCCAACAGUAUCCAUUACCAAAAUCGUUAAGCUUAGCACGUCUAGCUAUUAACACAAUGUACACAUUUCUGUCUGUAUUAACUCAAGAAGAUCGCCGAGAACUCUAUAUGCCUACACUUCCUGCAUUAGUCAGAAUAUGUCAGGUAUUUCCCACCCUUAGUGAAGACUGCAUAACAUUUUUAAAUCAACUGGGUCGCAUGUGUGUGUCAGUUACAUCUGUACGUUCGGAUAUAUUUUUACUUCCUGCUGCUGCCCAAAGAAGUGAAGAAAUGGAGGGACCAAAACUUAGAAUGCGACGAGUUCCUAAACCAGAUAUCUUUGAUGAACGUACAGAUAUUGCUGUGGCUAAUAAAUUAUUUGCUCAACAGGUUGAACUAACUGUUAAAGAAAUAUUACAGAAUUGUUUGGAAAAUAAUGCAAGUGCUUGACCAUUUUUAUUAAUGUUUUCAUAACAAUAUUAAUAAAUAGCUAAUAAAAAAUAUAUAAUCCAAAUAAAAUUGAUGUAUUAAAAAUAGGUAAUAUAUGAUGUAAAUCACCAGAUCUUACCACAUUAGAAUAUGUAUAUUGUUUUAAAAACUGAGUAU